AUGUUGUUGCAUCCAAUUGCCACACUGGUAUUUGGGCUUGUCUCUCAGUUCGUGCUCACCAAUGCUGUGUUCUCGGACGAAGCUUAUAAAGUUGAUUGGCAAUUACAAAAUAUAGGAAAAUAUAAGUGUAUUAUAUCCAACAAUGAUACUUCAAAGCUAAUUGUAUUUUCUGAUUUUAAUGACGAGGAAGAGACGCUGGUAUCAUACGUUAACUCACAGGAUGGAAAUAUUAUGUCUAGAUUCGUUCUUCCUUACAAGAUUUUAGAUGUAAUGAGAUCUUCUGAUAAAGAAGCCUUUGUUGUGAGGACUGAGAAGAAUGAGUUCGAAACUUUUGAUUUAAACUUGGGAUUUCCAGUAACCACAAGCAGAUUAGAAGAGGUGUUUAUUUCUUCAUGCAACUGCGUGCAACAGAAUGAAAAUGUCAAGAUCGAAGGGAAUACAUUAGGUAUUUUAGACGUCAAAACAAAGCUUCCUCUCUUCCAAAUGCCUCUACCGGAGGGCUUUCAAGAAGUAGUCUUUUUGGAAACAGAUAACGUGAACUCUUUAAAAUUAUCGAUAGCUCUUACGGGCCUCAGAUAUUCUUAUUAUGAAAUCAAGUUCAAUAUUUCUGAUACCCAAGAACCGGAGUGGGAAAGAGAUGAAUCACUAGCUGAUGUAGUAGACUAUGUGAUUAUAGAUAUAAAGGACCAUUCUAUGGAUGAGAUAGAGAGGGAGAUGUCAGUUGAGGAAACAAUGGACAAUGUCUUAGAUGCAUACAUGUUUAGGGUUACAACCGACUGGAAUAGAUUAAGAGAUCUAUUGAGAAGAAACAAGUACAAUCCUGGAAAGGCACUAAUGGAAGUUUUCAAUAUAAGGAAAAAUGAUGAUUCAGAAAAAAUAGAAUUAGCAAGAACCCAGAAUCUGAAUUUUGGUUUAAGCAAAUUACUCAUUGUUGCGACACGAAAUUCAAAGAUAAACGCAAUUGACUUGGAUAAUAGAGGGCAAACAGCGUGGUCCAUUGAUUCAAAUUUACAAGAUAUCUUGUCUGUUGAGUUAAUUGGAAAAACUAAUAAACUGCUUAUAAUUUCUAAAAUGGGUGAUUUCGAAAUUUACGAAAGUACUAGUGAAUUAUUGUCUCCAACUUUGAACAGCAAAGGGUCUCUUAUUACAAGGAGGGAAAUUGCAGCAGCCCAUAGAUUGGAUGAUUCCGACUAUUUUUAUCUAGAAUUUGCAGAUGGCUCAGAAAAAGAGAUUGUUUCGUUCGGUUCCGUUGAACAGAAGUUACCUAACGCUGAUAUUUAUAUCACUGAUCAUGAUGAAAAGGCAAUUUCUGGUCAUACGAUUGGCAAAAAUAACGAACUUGGCGAAGCGUCUAAAAUAACUCCCCAAAAGACUUGGAAAAUUACGUUAAAAAGCAAUGAACGUAUUGUGGCAUUUGCUGCACGAAACUCAGAACCUCAAGUCGGAAGUCUAGGUACAAUCUUAGGUAGCAGAGAGGUGCUUUACAAAUAUUUCUAUCCAAAUUUGGCAAGUUAUGUAGUGAUAAAUGAGGAUACUGGGGACAUGGUCGUAAAUUUGAUUGAUACCAUUACUGGUGAACUACUUUAUACCCAAAAACAUAAGCACGAAAAGGAUGGGGUGGAUUUUGAUUUACCAAUAAACAUAUUAUUUGGAGAGCAUUGGUUCAUUUAUUCUUAUUUCAGUGUUAAGCCAGUUCCUGAACAAAAAUUAACUGUUGUUGAGUUAUAUGAGUCAUUAGAACCAAAUGAAAGGAAGUCGGACGCGUCUGCUUCUUAUAAUCCUAUCAAUGGGAUAUUUAACAAGCCCGAAAUACUCACAAAGUCUUAUAUUUUCCCAGAAGUUAUUAAGCAUAUGAUACUUUCCAACACUAAGUACGAUAUCACGACCAGAUCUCUUAUUGUUGAACUACAAAACGGACAAAUUACAUAUAUUCCGAAGGUUGUAUUGAACGCCAGACGUAAGAAUGAAAGUGAAAUGACUGCUGACGACAAGAAGGAAUUUAUGGCCAGCCAAUAUAUUCCAACCGUACGAAUUAAUGACCAUUUUGUCAUUACACAUUAUAGAGAUUUAAUAACGAAUACCAAAUCAAAAAUGAUAUCUGUCCCAACAAACCUAGAGUCUACUUCUAUAGUUUGUCAGAUCGGUCAUGAUAUAUUUUGCACCAGAAUUACGCCAUCCGGACCAUUCGAUUUUAUGAGUCCUAGUUUCGAAAAAGGUAAGCUUAUAGGCACAAUCAUAGCGAUGGUGAUAAUAUGUUAUUUCUUACGCCCUAGUGUCGCAAGCAAGAAACUGAAGAGCAUCUGGCUGGUUAGAGAAUAA